UUGUUCGUUUUCUUUAUACAGGUUCUUGAGAGAGAGAGAGAGAGAUCAGUUCCAGUUCAUUCAAUCAACACACACUGAUUGAGAGAAAAAACCCCACCCUUUUCUUUUCCUUUUCUUGCACUUCAAUUAUCUCCUUACCUUCUCCGUCCACUUUCCUCCACUUUCUUCACCUAUUCGGUCCCCAAAUAUCACCCGCAAGAAAACCCAUAAAUAUAGAAAGAAAGAGGCACCUGUCAAAACAAACAAAACCCACAAUAGGUUUUGCCUGUAUGGAAAAAAAGAGUGAGAUUUGAUGGAUCUGUUGAUCUAACUCUUCUAUUCCACCACAUGGGUUGCUGCUUUUCCUUCAGAUCGCUGUCGUUUCCGUUUGGUCUGGUUCAGUAGCUUACCUCUAACUUCUCAAAACCUCCUAAUCAUACUGCAAGAGGUUUCCUUCUGGUGUUCUGCUAGGGAGGAGGCUUAUGGCAGGUCUUUUUGUGGUUAGAUUGAUCCUUGCAUCCAUCCGGAUGUAUUUGGUGUGUGAUUGAUGUUCUUCUGGGGAGGAAGCUUGUUGUUGCCCUUUUUCGGUUGUAGUAUUCCUUGCAUCCAUCUCGGAUGUUUAUUCAUUGGUGUUAGGUCUUGAUGAGAUGAGGUAUGUUAUCAACUUUGAUGAACUUUUUGAGGGCCUGCUUGUGGCCGUCAUCGGACCGUCAUGUGCACUCAAGUUCGGAUAUUGCCGGGAGACAAGAUGGGCUUCUUUGGUACAAAGACUUAGGGCAGCACUUGAAUGGUGAAUUCUCAAUGGCGGUUGUUCAGGCCAAUUUUUUGCCCGAGGACCAGAGUCAAAUUGAGUCAGGUUGCUUGAGCAUGCAGGAUUCCGGCCCACAUGGAACCUUUGUUGGUAUAUACGAUGGUCACGGCGGGCCUGAGACCUCACGCUUCAUCAAUGAUCACCUUUUUCAUCAUCUAAAGCGGUUUACAUAUGAGCUAAAGUCUAUGUCAGUGGAUGUGAUACGGAAAGCAUUUCAAGCGACAGAAGAAGGGUUUCUCUCAAUCGUUACUAAACAGUGGCCUACAAAACCCCAGAUCGCAGCUGUUGGUUCUUGCUGCCUCAUUGCGGUGAUCUGUGAUGGGACCCUUUACAUUGCCAACCUGGGCGAUUCUCGAGCAGUUUUAGGGAGGCUUGUCAAGGCAACCGAAGAGGUUCGUGCCAUCCAGCUAUCAACAGAGCAUAAUGCUAGUAUAGAGUCCGUAAGGCAGGAGUUGCAUUCUCAGCAUCCGGAUGACUCACAUAUUGUACUUUUGAAGCAUGGUGUAUGGCGCGUAAAGGGUCUGAUACAGAUUUCUAGAUCUAUUGGUGACUUUUACCUCAAAAGGGCGGAAUUCAACAAGCCGCCUUUGUAUGCAAAGUAUCGCCUUCGUGAACCUUUCAGACGGCCGAUAUUGAGCUCUGAACCAUCAAUUUCUGUGCAUGAACUCCGGCCAGAUGAUCAAUUUCUCAUAUUUGCGUCUGAUGGGUUGUGGGAGCACCUUAGCAAUCAGGAAGCAGUAGAUAUAGUACAAAAUCACCCUCACAUCGGAAGUGCCCGAAGACUGGUAAAAGCUGCAUUGCAGGAAGCAGCAAAGAAAAGAGAAAUGAGAUACUCCGAUUUGAAGAAGAUUGAGCGUGGGAUCCGUCGGCAUUUCCAUGAUGACAUAACGGUCGUAGUUCUAUUUCUUGAUUCAAAUCUUGUGAGUAGAGCCAGCUCCAUCAAAGGCCCUACCUUAUCAUUGAGAGGGGGAGGCAUAAAGCUAACUGCAAAAGUUUAAGCGCUUUGUUUAACGCCCAAGGAACUUGGUACCACUUUAUGUACUCGAUUUUUUCCUCUUAAAUUUCCUGUCAUUCAGUUUUGGCGGCAGAUUGCCUGGGGUUUCUAUAGGGGGGAUCACCGAGAGCCCAUCAUCCGCUCAUUGUGUAAGAUCCGCUGAGUGCGUCAUCAAAAAAAUUAGGUUAAUCAGGCAUUAGUAGCCACAUAAUCAAGAUACAUUUGUUUUGCAGAGAAUGUCCAAUUAUGUUGUUACAGAUGUGAUCAAGUUGAUUCUCACAAUGAUCUACUCAGCGGACCCAAUAUGAUGGGCUCUUGGUACUACUGCACCAAAGGAAUCCCGGGUUCCAGAUUAUAGAAGGGUAAGAGAAGAUUAUUGCUCGAAUUAAUUCUUUAAUGUGCAAUUUUACUUUUAACCUGGGCCAGAUAUACUUUCAUCAAUAGAAAGCUUAAAAGUUUUGAUCCUAGAAAUGUGUUGUGUUCUUCACUAUUUUUGCUUCUUCUCCCUGAGGGCUUUUGUUAUGUAAAUUAUGUGAAAUUACAAUCCUAGAAAUCAAAACUUGUAUUCUUGUUGCAAUAGUAGCUCUAUAAUUUGUGGAUUUUCA